AUGAGGAAUCUAAAUAAUUAUAUUCUAUUUUUUAAAUAUUUAAAAUAUGGAUCUUAAAAAAUAUUACCAAGCAAAAAAGAUGCCAUUCUCAUUUUUGGUAACGCUGGUUCUGGAAAGACUACUCUUGCUUCAUUUUUGUAUAAUAUCAACCUAGUUGUGAAUGUUGAGAAUUAUGAAGUUGUUCUAUAAUACAAAAAUCCAUCUUAGUAAUAAUAUGAAAUGAUUGGACCUAGCUUCUUAGAAUCUUAAACAUUUUUCCUAAAUAAAUUCUCUUUUGAAAAGGGUGAUAUCUGGGAUUUUCAGGGUUUUUAGGAUAAUGGAGAUGAUAUUAUAGAUACAGUCAACUCUUAUUUUAUGAAUAAAAUCAUAACAGGCUCUUAAGGAAUCAAACUAAUUUUUCUUUUUGAUGGAUAAAUAUUCGAGCUAUGUGGAUUUUAGUAAAAACGUAAAUCUCUCAAAUAAAUAUUCGAACUAAUCUACCAAUUAACUAAAAACUCAAAAAUUGACUUUGGAGCUAACAUGAUGUUCAUAUUUUCCAAAACCAGCUUACCUCUUUAAUUUUAUUAAUAAAAACUACACCACUUUCUAGAUUAAAUUGUGUAGUUUCCUGAUUACACAAAUUAAUUAAAGCAAAAUUUUAACUUCCAUGAUUAAAAAUAGUUUUACAAUAAACUAAAGUAAGUAACAGUUGAUACAUUUCCUUUGGCUGAUGAAAUUAUGGUAGGCAAAGAAUAUGGUACUAAAUAGUAAAGAGAAUCUCUUUACAAUUAAAUUAAUAAAUUAAAUUAUUACUAUUAAAAGGAUUUAAAUAUUCAAUUUACUCUAUCCUCUUUAAAAUAGAUAGAUAUCAUACAGAGAUACUCUUUUAAUUAGGUUUGUGAUACAUUUACUGCUUUAUGCUAAAAUAUUAAAAACUCAUUUAAGAACCUUGAUAAAAAACAAACAACCCAAGCAGACAACAUUCUACAACACUACAAAAUGAUUUAGGAUCCAUCAAAUUUAUAAACUAACUUAGAUGUUUUUAAAAUUAUCAAAUCUUAAUUAAUAGUUCCUUUAAUCAAUACAAUAAGUUAAGAAAGUUAAUCUUCAAAUAGAAUCCAAGAAAAUUUAACUUUAACUUCAUAAAAAUAAAUAGAAAUAAUUGAAUUCUUUUUAUCUGAAGUUUAUGAUAGCAUUUUGAAAACAUAAAAUGGUUUAGCAAUGCCUAAAAGUACUCUUUGUAUCCAAAAGGAAAUUUUAGGAUAAAAUAAAAUUUUAAUUGAAUUUAGAAACUCCCUAAUUAAAUUAGACAAUUAAUCAGAUUGA